GGCAGUUAUUGCAAGCAAGGGUUAUGCCACCAAAUAUUAAAUGUUAUUUACUUUAAGAUUAUUUCUUCCAUUACUUUUGCUCCCCUAAGAAUGCUGUGGUCUAAUACAAACAGUGAUAUGUACUUAGUUGUUCACAUCUAGAUGCAACACAUCUAGAUGUGAAUACCAGGAAAUAAAAGCUGAAAUUCUAAACUCUUGUCUCAUACUCAUCUUUUGAUCUUAAACCCAAAUGUCUUCAGUGAACAACAAAAACAAAGGAAUUUGCCUUACCGUUCCAAUACUUUUGGAGGGGACUGUAUUUACAACUUUUAGGAUACGCUGCUGUUAGGAAAUUGCGGUAAACAAACUAAACUGGACUCUGCUCAGUCCUAUUUUUGAUGUCGUCACACAGAAGUCUUGGGUUUGGAAAAGCUUUUCAAGCCUCAUCUUGACUGCACCAUGCUGAUUUUUCUUUAGAAGUUCAUUGUUUUUCAUUUCCUCAUCAUCUCCUGCUGUUUACUUACUUAUGUGAAUCCUGAGGACAAUCCGGGUAUACCAGCAAUCGCCAAAUAUUUCAACACAAAAGGGAGGUAUGAGGAAGUGAACCCGUAUCUCAGAGAGGACAUACUUGCUGUAAAUGGAUCUAUUUUGCAGCCUCCAUCUGCACAAUGUCAAGAAAUUCAUCUGACUGUGAUAAUAAGACACGGCACAAGGUACCCGACGACCAAAAACAUCAAAGUGAUGCAGCAGCUCUACAACAUCGUCCUGCACAAUGCCUCAGGCAAAGAGAGCUGGCUGCGUGAGAUCCAGACCCAGUGGAGGAUGUGGUACACCGAGGACAUGGAUGGCCGACUCGUCCAAAAAGGUGUGAACGAUCUCAAGCAUCUGGCCAUCAGGCUUUCAAAGCUGUUCCCCUCGCUGAUUUCGGAGGAGAAGCUCCGAGGUGGUUUCUUCAAAUUCAUAACCACCUCAAAGCACAGGUGUGUCAACAGCACACUGUCAUUCAAGGCAGGACUGACAGAGCUGUGGGCUAUUACAGAUAUGACUCAGGCUGCAUUUUACUUGUGUGCUUAUGAAUUUGCAAUCAAGGCGGCGAUCCCCUGGUGUCAGCUCUUUGAUGAGGAGGGUGCAAAGGUUAUGGAGUAUGCAAGUGACCUGAGGGAAUUCUGGAAAAGAGGCUAUGGUUAUGAUAUUAACAGCAAGUCGAGCUGUGCUCUCUUCCAUGAUGUGUUUAGUCGACUGGACAAGGCAGCCAGCGAAAUCAACUCAGGCCAGCAGGUGACUGAAGCCGUGACAGUCCAGGUUGGCCAUGCAGACACCCUCCUGCCGCUGCUUACCCUCCUGGGCUUCUUCAAGGACAACGUUACCCUGACUUCCACCAACUACGCCACACAGGCCAAACGCUCCUUCCGCACCAGCCACAUGUUACCCUAUGCAGCCAACUUACUCCUGGUGCUAUACGACUGCGGGGGAGGCGACCUGAGGCUGCAGCCGCUGCUCAACGAGAAGCCUGUGACUUUCCCCGGUUUGACUGACCAGCGGGCUUCCAUACCGCUCUAUCAAGACGUCAGAGGGCACUACAGUGAUCUACUCAAAGGCUGUGACUUUGAGACUGAGUGUCAGCUGUUCAAGCAUCCUGCUGAAGUUUAGACAGACAGGGCAGAUUCUGGAAAAGAAGGCAGGCAUUAUAGUGCCUUUAAUGUUUUAUUUGCAAAAUAGAGUGAGAACUGUGGUGUGGGAGCAUCUUAGUCUGAACGCUUCUCCUAAACCAUCACUGUUUGACAUUCUCCUUAAUCUAAACAAAGCAACAAAUAAGCAUUUUCUCCUUUUGUCUUAAGCCUGAGAAAAGGCAGGUUUAAUGUCUCUGAAACACCCCAUGAUCCUAGAAUUUAAUUUCAACUUUACCUCUACCAUUACAGUAUUACUACUGCUAUAUUGCUUAUUUGUGCAAGGUUUCUUUUCAUUAUUGCACAACUUAGAGCCGGAAUUAAAGACUUUAUAUUUGCAGUAUACACAUAUAUGUUCCCCAUAGGAAUUCUUUCACAUCCAUAUUCAUCACUUUGCUGUUUUCUGAUUCUCACCAAACACUGAAACAUUUCCCGAAGUGAAGUGUGUUGCCAUUUGUGACUGAUGUUGCUUCAACCAAAAUUAGUUAUCCUUUGUUUUAGAGUGUGAUCAGUAUAGAUGAUGAGAAAUUUGGCUGUGUGUUUAUUAAAUCACACAUGCAUUACAAAUCAUUUUAACUUUCUGGUAAAAAAUAUAUUUAGCAGAGCUGCUUGUGGCCAUUUUGGUGCCCUGGGCCAGACAUCCACUGGCUACUAAUAUUUUACUUUAAUUCAGCUUUAUUCAAUUUCACUCACUUCUGGUCUAUUGUCAUGUCAUCAACCGUAGACCCUUAGUGUCUUUAACCACCCUUCACAUCCUAGACUGUCUCUGUCAUUUCUGGUCUGAGUGUCAGAUACAAACAUUCACAGUAUCUGAUUUUGCUUACAGUAUGGAAAUCCUGACCAUUUUCAUUUCUGUAUUUAUUAAAAUGACAGGUCUGAAUUGAAAUUAGUAAGGCAAUUUAAGAAAACACUCUGCCUCGUAGCUUUACUUAAAUCAAUUCUUGUAAUUAUGUAUAGUUUUUAGUCUUUUGGGUACCACUUUCUAAUAAGGCACCUUUACACAGGGUUUGUAAGUUGUACUAAUGGUUAACUGACCAUUUACAAAUUAUUUGCAUAUCUGUUUAAAAAGAAAAUCUUUUGGUUUUACAGAUUGUCCAAAAUCAAUGUACUUAUUAACAUUUCCAACUGCAAAACAGAUAGAUUAAAACCCUUCAGUGAUGACUUAUAUUAUGCAGACUUGCUCAUCAUGUAAAAUGAUUACCAAAUAGAAGCGCUUGCCAAAGGGCUGCCAAUCCCAAAAAUUGUUCCUAUGAAUGGCUUAUUACAUAUCUGCUAUGUAAAGCAAAAUUAUUUAUGUCACUAACCAUCUGUACUAAACUAAUAAAGAGUGACUUAUGGGAAA